AUGAAGGUUUCCGCUCUGAGCCCGGCCCUUUUGGGUCUUGUUGCGUCCGCGCAGGCCGCUGCUGUCGCAUCUUCGAUCCAGUACUCUACCGUGACGGGAUAUUUCCUGCAGGAUGAGACUGCGACUGAUGCGUCGACUUUUGACUACACUGCUGUCAACUUCGGCCUCAUCAACCGCACCUACCCCGCUGACCAGGUGCUUAAGCACCAGGGCAAGGACCUCUCCCAGUGGGAGCGCUUCUACCACCAGGUCCAGAAGCUGAACACCGACUCUGACAAUGAUGUCGAGUACAAGGUGCUUUUCCUUGGCCGCCAUGGUGAGGGUUACCACAACGCCGCGGAGACCUACUACGGCACUCCUGCCUGGAACUGCUACUGGGCCGAGCUCGACGGCAACGGCACCUCCACCUGGCACGACGCUGCCCUGACCGCCAACGGCGUCAACCAAGCGCUCAUCGCCCACAACUUCUGGCAGAAGCAGAUCGACGAGCAGAACAUCCACACCCCAGACAACUACUUCACCUCCCCGCUGACCCGCUCCCUCCAAACCGCCAACUACACCUUCAACGGCCUGAACCUGCCCCACAAUGCCGCGAAGUUCAGACCCCUGGUCAAGGAGCUCUUCCGCGAGGGCAUCAGCAUCCACACCUGCGACCACCGCCGCAGCAAGAGCUACAUCAAGAACCUGUUCCCCGGCUGGCCCAUCGAGAAGGGUUUCACCGAGGACGACGAGUUGUGGAACGGCGUCACCGCCGAGACCAGCGGAGCUCAGGACGCUCGCAGUGCUACCGCGCUGGGUGAGGUUUUCUUCGCGAAGAGCACCAAGGAGGAGGCCUUUGUUAGUGUGACUAGCCACUCCGGCGAGAUUUCGUCUAUACUGCGUGUUCUGGGACACCGCUCUUUCAGUCUGAAGACUGGUGCUGUUAUCCCUGUGCUUGUUAAGGCCGAGAAGGUCAAGGGUGCUACUUCUACUACCACUACUGUGUCGUGGACUGCUAGCCCUCACUGCACCGUGCCGCCUGUGACCAGUGUUACGGCUUGUGUUUGCCCGUCGAGUGCGGCGCCUGUUACCACCCCUUUGGUGACAGAUGUUUAG